AUGGAGGGAACUGAUCCUCUACAAAGGACACCUGCUCAACGGAAACGGAAAUUGACAGCUAGAUUGACCGACGCUACUGAGCGAGAAGAGUUGGAGGUUGCAAAUAGCGGCAAGCCUGUUGCCUUCACCUCCACCAGCGAAUUGCGAGAGUGGCCUCUUAAAGUUGUUCAGUCCCUCUGUGGGCAGGACACGCCCGGAGAUCAGGAGUUAAGCCUGCGCCUGAAACAGCAUUUUCUUCGUGGCAUUGUCCUCAACACCGACUACAGUGGCAUUGAUUGCCCGAGAGAGGCUUUAGAGUUGGCUGAGAGGUCUCUCUACACCUUGCAUGGUGUUCAGUGUGUCGAUGCCAAGUCAGCUGUGUCUGUGGGAAGGACUUGUGACAAGGGAACCCUUCAGAAGAAGGUUCAAGUUGCUUUGUCCCACACGUUUGAGGAGAGCCGGCGGUGCCAUUUUGAAGAUUUGCUAGACCGCUUGCCCGAAACAGGGCGAGAGUGGAUCCGAGCUGCAACUCCAGAGAAGACAGCUUCCAAGGCGGUUCGAGCCGCAACCUUUUCCAACAUCUCCAAGUGGGUUAUGGAGAAUCGGUCCUGGUUGUUCAGCAUGGAAGCAGUUAGCUGGAAUUGCAAGGUGCAUCAAUCUUUGCUCUCUUCAAAGCCAGACUCGGAGUCAGACACGGAGAGCCGCACGCGAAUCAACACAGCAGGGGUGACUUGCCACGCAUGGAGCUCUGAAGGAAAAGGGGAGGGAGCUGCCCAUGAGUCUGAAAUCCCGUUGGCAGUUUGGCUGGGCGAAACCAUGUACCUUUUUGAGCAGGGAGCUCAAGAUGUUGUCUUCCUGGAAUGCACCCCUAGGUUUCCUGCCCAGGAUCGUUUGGAGAGCAUCUUUUCCAAAAUUGCCCAUGUAUUCUCUUGGCAUGAUGGGCCAGAGCUUCAUGGAUGGCCCCAUCGAAGACUCAGAGUCUUGGCUGCUUUGAUUUCGAAGGAGACAAUGGAAUGGCUCGGCUCUCCUUCUUUGACUGACUUGCAAGCGGAUUACAAAGAGAGAUUCCACCGCCAAAUGGGUGCAGAUGGAUCCAUCCUACUGCAGGCCUCUUUCGAAGACCGAGUUCAAGAGAUGCACGCUUUAGCGCAACUUCGCAAGAACAACGUUUCUCUUGAAGAGAUGGGAAAUGUCAUGGCAGACCCCGAUCGUGGCAAGGAGGUGGCACGCUUGACCUUGCCUCCAGGUGGCAUCGACCGGUUGGCUCAGUGGGAGCAGGAGUUCAAAGACAGGAGGGCUUCCGACCAGAGCUUGUCUGCUUUUCUCUGCGAUGUUGAUCAUUCUGUGAAUACCAAAGGGCCAGCUGGGAGCCGGCUGUGGCCGACACAGCUGACACAUGGGACUGUCAUUGCUUUCAAGACCAAUGAAGAUGGAGAGGUGUCUUGGCGGAUGGCCACUGCUAUGGAGCAUCUGGCGGCGCUUGGAUGGAAUGUUUUUGCGCCCUCUGAUGCCUUCCCACUGUGCAACCUGAAGUUCGCGAUUGAACACCUCCGAUUGACUCCAGGGCAAGUGAAGACCUUGACAGGAAACUCCAUGCACUUGCUCACACAAAUGUCCUUCAUGCUCUACAUUCUUGCCCAGUGCGGAAGAAAGGACGAGUUCAAUGUGCCUGGCGAAGAGGGGGUUGCUUCCGACCAGGACGCCGCUAGUGGAUGUAGUGGUGGCCGUGGCCGUGGCCGUCGCGGCAAAGGGAGGGGCAAGGGGAAGAAAGGGCGCGGAGGCCGUGGUGGCGGUACAAAAAAGGCUUCCAAGAAAUGUUUUGCUCAAGGUUGUGACCAGAAACCUCGAGCUCACUCGAAGUUCUGCCAGCCACACCACAAAGAUGCAGAGGCUAUGAGAUACCAAGCAAAGAGCAAAGAUGAGCAAACCCUAAAGACUGUGGAAGAAGUCUUGGCAGACCCCGCGAAAGCGGCCAUGGCGCUCAGUGACUUCGCCAGAGAGAAUCCAGCUGGACGUUUCAGAAAGAAACUGAUAGACUGGACGAGUUUCACCCAGAAGUUUGGCAAGCGCGCUGAGGUGAGAAUGCGUGGCGCUGAAGAGCUCAUGGACGUUUCUGACUUUGUUUACUGGCAGAAGACCAAAGGCAAGUCAGAAGAGGAAGCUAUGACCUUGUGGAAGGAGCAUUUGGAGUCUGAUCUGGAUCGAGAAGGGGAAGGUGCCAACACCAAGCUGUGGAUUGUGAAGAACAAACAGCGCUUCAAGGACACCGUGCACUACAAGGAUGAGGGCAUGGAGGAAGGGUCCAAGCCCAUCAAGGACAUCAAUGACUCUGACAGGCAAGAGCUGCUGGACCAUACACAGCGUGCGGCGCCGACCUUCAAGGAUGCUUGGAUGCGCAAAGCUUUCAACGGUGAAGAUGACCGGGCGGCUUCAGCAGCUGCGAGUGCUGCUCCUGCUGUGCCUGCGAAGCCGACUGCUGAAACAGAGAUUGCCAUUGCUGGUCCACGUGCUGUAGAAAAGAACUCCAAGGUCAUUGACACAUGUUCUUCCAUGGUGAAGGAUGCUGUUGAGAAGAUGGAGGAGGCUUUGAAGUUGGCAGGCACUGAUCCAUCCAAUGAAGCUCUACAAGUCGCCUAUGAGACGACGUGCGUAGUCCGUCUUCGCAUGUUGCAAAUUUGGCAGGCCCCAUCCUUGGAGGCGAUUCCAGAGCAGCGGCCACUUCCAUCAAAGCCUGGCAAGUCAGGCAGCAGCAGUGAUCCAACCGCUCAGCCUGCCAUCGAGGCAGGUGCUUCAGCAUCUGUACCGAAGGAGAGUCAGAGCCCAGAUGAAAAGAAGGGCGCAGGUGACGCCAACCAACCUGCGACUUCACCGAAGGCUGGGUCAGUAAAGGCUCCAGCUGAGAAUGCAUCUGCAGCCGCAUCAUCAGGGAAAAAACUUUCCAACUUUUUGGUGAAGGAGCUCAACAAUGCUGACCCUCAUGCUCAGCUCAUCAAAGAGCCUUCCCAUGUCUUGGUGAAAGUGCACAUGGAGGAGAUCAUCUCCAGCCUCAUGGAUUGCAAGACGGUGGAAGAGCUUUCUCGCAAGGUGACCCAGCUCAAGAAUGGGGCUGCAGUUGUGAAGGAAUUGAAGGAUGGCGCCCACAAAGCGACUACGAGCUUGAAGUCUCACAUCAGUGCCCGUGCUCGCGUUGCAUCCCGCAAGAGACUGCAAGAGCAGAAAAAUGCGAAGCAGACCGAAGUCAAGAAGAGUAGGAAGCAGGCGAAGGACGCUGCGGAAAAGAUCAAGGAGGAGGAGCAGGUUGUUCACCCUGUCUUCAAAACGGACUGGCAGAAGCUGAUCGCUGAUGGCAACUUAGAGAAAGAGCACGCAGUCACUGAGGUGGACGGCCCAAGCAAGGAUUCCCUUUGCGCCGACCAGCCGUACCUCAUCAAGAACCUCACUGCACUGGCAGAUUUCCAGAAGAACCCGCAGGCCAUUUUUGCGAAUCAGAAUUGUUCAUUAUUGUUAGCCACAUCUGAGCCAUUUGUAUGUGCAUUGUUCUUGGGAUUUUAUCGUAUUCAAGUACCAGUGAGGGGUUGUGGGCCAUUGCGGGCAGUUAGGUCCACAUUGGACACCAUCGGCGCAUUUCACGUUGCAAGACGCUAUCGCGUUAAUGUCAAUGUCAUCUGUGUGUUGUAG